AGUGGAGGAGGAACGCAGAGAAACCUCCCUCCAGAUCAGCCUACAGAGAGAGAGAGAGGGAGAGAGAGAGAGAGGGAGAGAGAGAGGAGGUGCAGGGAAGGGUGGGCGACUUGCGUCUCACUGAUCAACAUCUUCAGCCCAGCAUUGUGUGUCUUGGUCACUUUUCUUUAAAUGCCACGGGAAGAAAGGCUGGAGCAGCGUGGCGCACGAGAUGAUGCUCUGUGCCAGCUCAGAAAUCAAGUCUUGAGAAGGAGCUUGGAUGGUGAAGAGGAUGUUUCCAUAGAGAGAAACAUUCAGUUAAAGAUGAGGUGAGAUGAGGAUGGCUGAGCUAAAGCUCCUCUGUUCUGGUCCUGCGAGUAGCCUGCUGGAGAAGAAGGAUGCCGAGUGGACUUUACAGCAGCAGCAAAGUUAUUACUCAGAGAGAGCUCUGCUGAUUGAAGCAGACUCAGAGGAGGCGCUGGAGGUUUCAGCACUGCGGACAGCGCCCCAGCCGCCUCGCAGGUUCUCCCAAUGGGGGACUGAUGAAGAAGUUCACAUAUGCCACGACGAGGAGCUUGAGACCGGCGUGGACGACGUGGUCGGCUGGGCGAACAGUCUGGAGACCAACUACGACAACUUGAGCUGCAGUGAUUUCCAAGAACCCGUCCCAGAUCUUUCCGUGCUCCCGGAGGACGACUUUGCGACAGAGCCGGUGGAGAAGUCGGUGGAUUACGGGUUCAUAAGCGCUGUCACCUUUUUAGUCACUGGGAUCUCCUUGGUGGUGGUCUCCUACACCAUCCCUCGAGACAUCCAGGUCAACCCGGACACCAUUUCGGCUCGAGAAAUGGAGCGGCUGGAGCGCGAGAACGCCAGGGUGGGCGCCCACCUGGACAGGUGUGUGAUUGCAGGGCUGUGUCUUCUCACCCUGGGUGGGGUGGUGCUCUCAACUCUGCUCAUGAUCUCCCUGUAUAAAGGCGAGAUGGUGAGGAGGCAGGCUUUUGCGUAUUCCAAACACUCGGCCAAACUCUACGGUUCCAUCAGCUUUAGAGACGCUGGAAGCCCAACCAAUGUUCCCUCACAUUUGUUGCUAGAAGAAGAUGACAUGCCUGUUGACAUCUCCAGCUGAGACCUGUUCAGCUUCGUAUGACUGCAAGGGUCAGACCUGUAAGAGCUGUUGACCAUGUUGUUCGCCAGAGAACUAGGGAACCAAAUACUGAAUGUAUGGUGGUUUUUGUUUUAGAAAAAACCCAAAACGGUAAACGUGCCAAACCCACGAUUGUGGGAAUAUCACAACUAUGGAAUUGCAUGAGGCUGAGCAUUGUGAGUUGUGCGUGUCAUAGUAAAUGUUCAAUGUGAAAUAAAUUCUGUUGCCGAUGUAAAAGGUGCAUUUCAUGGUGGGAUCAGUAGCAACGUCCAGCAGAUACACAUACAGCACUGUGCAACUGUCAGAGCCCACCCUUCAUUUAUUUCAUUUCCAGUCCACUCUUUACUUUUAUUACAGCGUCCAUUCUUUUCAGGACACUCACUUUCAGUUUCUUACAAGUCCAAUUUUCUGCGCUAAUGUGACUCAGACCUGAUGUUUUCAGGGCUGUGUGGACGCAAAUCUGAUCUUUUUUCUUCUUUCAUAUGUGGUCCUAGAUCAGAUACGCAUCCGAUUCAUGGCCAUGUGACCUUAAUGUGACGCUCAGAUCA